AUGGCAUGUAUCUCUACAUCGUAUUUCUCUGUUGCCCUGAAUGGAGAGCUUCACGAUUUUUUUAGGUCCUCCCGAGGUGUGCGGCAGGGGGACCCUCUUUCUCUUUACCAUUUUGUGUUGGCUAUGGAGGGGUUAGCUGGUAUUUUUCGGGAAACCUCUCACAGCCCUGGUUUUCAGUAUCAUUGGAGAUGUAGGGGGGCAGCUUUUACUCAUUUGUGUUUUGCGGAUGAUUUGAUGGUGUUUUGUAGAGCAGAUGCUUCCCCUGUUAGCUUGAUCAAAUCGGCCUUGGAUUAUUUUGCUAAGGUUUCUGGAUUAGUGACUAAUGCAGAGAAGAGCCAGUUGUUUCUUUCUGGAGUUACAGAUGAGGAGCAGAUUGGGUUACAGUCUAUCAUGGGUUUCCAGUUGGGCCAGUUACCGGUUUAUUGGUCCUCCAUGUUUCUUUUGCCGGCAGCUACAGUUAGACGGAUCGAGAGUAUUUUGGCCUCGUUUCUUUGGAAGGGUACUUCUUUGUCCCCUUCUAGUGCUAAGGUUGCAUGGUCUUCUGUUUGCUAUCCAUUGACAAAGGGUGGCCUGGGGAUUAAGAGGAUCCAAGAUUGGAAUAGGGCGGCUAUUCUCAAACACGUUUGGAGGCUGCUUACUAAUAGAUCUUUUAUAUGGUCUUCUUGGGCCCGUUUGGUUCUCCUCCGUGGUCGGUCCUUUUGGCAUAUCUGA